GGCGCACUGUGGAUGUCGUUCACAGUUCAACAGUUCAUGGAGCCCACGCCACACCUUCACCCUCACAGCGUCAGUCACAGGACUGACUGUGGCUGCAGUUUAUCAUAUUGUUAGAAGUGGUGAAAAAUGGGAGAAAUGAUUAAAUUUAGGUCCUUUUGUUGAAUAUGUUGCUUUUGGUGGAACUGAUGAUAUCACAAUUGGAAACAAUCGUUGCUGAGCUCGUUUAAUCAAAUUUAUUACUUUAUAAUUGCCUUUCCAGUGUUGUACUUCAUUAAUUUCUUUGUCGCAUUGUUUUUGCGUUUCGCUGAAUUACUGAUGUUGUCUUUACUCGUCUGACAAAAUCAGAAUAAUUCAUUUUAGGUUUUGUGGAUUCCCUCGUGAUCCCUGCAGUAUAAUGACCGUGCAGUUUGCAGGAGAAUAUCACCACAUUAGUUAGUACUUUUCCUUAUUUAAUUAGAAUAUGGCUGGUCAGCACUGAGGUUCAUUUGGAGGUCAUAACCACACAUACUUCUUUUCGAAUCAGUCAUUGUGAUGUUAAUACGGACAGGUCCAGUUUAAAUAUGACACAAAUCUUGAACAGUAAUCAGAAUACAGUAACGCGUUACCAGCGGCGGUGCGCUGUGCGCUCCGGAGUCUCCAUAAAAGUUAGAGCGCACAGAGCUGAGCUGUCAGACUGGGAAGAGACGCAGCGGAGCAAAGACUGGAGGCUCAAGUGAUUGAUCAGGAUCGAUCCCACUUUGACAAUAUAUAUCUUUCCAGUUUCACUGUGCGGUCUGAUCCCUUGACUGUCGCCCACCGGCAAGGCAGUUAAAGCUUUUUGUCUGGCUGAGCGUUAAAAGACUCUUGGUUUUUCUGGACUCUAUUGGAAUAAAAAGACAGCGGAGGUUUGGAAGCUGGAGAAUCUCGGCUGCUCGGCGGAUGAGGUGCCCACGCUGCCUCGUUAGAAGACUAAUCGUGUCUGAUUCUGGCUGUUUGAUUUCAUCCGGAAGAAAAAGCCACCACUCCCGUGUUUUUUUUUUCUCUCGCCAGCCCAGGACGCAAAUGUCUCCACAUCGCAGACACGCCAGUGGAUAGUAGCAGCAGCUCCGCCGAUGGUUUGAUAGGGCGUUAAGGUGCGGGAAGGGAGUGGGACAAUUACAGGAUGAGUGAGCGAUACACGCAGAUCGGAAGUAAAGGGGGUCUACUUGUAAUGGUGCUUGUGAUCAGCGUCUGGGAGAUGACCAUACAGACGGAAGCCACUACAGCAGCGCACCAUGUCCGAACAGGCACCUGCGAAGUGGUGGCGUUGCAUCGCUGCUGCAACAAGAACAAAAUCGAGGAGCGGUCGCAAACUGUGAAGUGCUCCUGCUUUCCCGGGCAAGUGGCCGGCACCACCAGAGCCGCCCCGUCAUGUGUAGACGCCUCGAUAGUGGAGCAGAAGUGGUGGUGUCAGAUGCAUCCGUGCCUUGACGGGGAAGAAUGCAAAGUUCUUCCUGAUCUGAAGGGUUGGAGCUGUGCUACAGGGAACAAGAUUAAAACUACUAAGAUUUCUGCGGACAGAGACCAGCUUUGGUAACGUCAGAUGCCUCACAGUGAAGUCCAGGUGAGCCAGCAGUUCUGGUUGGAUCAUCAAAGGAGAAGAGAGUAAUGCAAAAGGACCUUUCUGUAAAUAGAGACCUUCAUUUCUUUUGGACUGCAGUUAAUCUUUGGAAAUCUUUGAAUGCUUCUUCUUGAACUCUAUGGACAUGAAAAAGAGGCGUAGAUCCUAUUGAACGUACUGAUCAUUCAGCACUUCUUUUUGAACGACUCCAUAUGAUUAACCUUGCUGGACAACAGGAUUUAUUCUCUGACAUCGUACUGCUUGUAGUGGAAGACAAUGGUGAACUUUAUGCCUGUAUGUUUAUUUCUAGAGUAUUUAUGUCAUUUACAGGGGAUUUUGCAUCAUGAGCUGACCAGGGCUGAACAGCAGGUCAGUUUGUUGUAAGCCUUGCAAAUAUUCGAUACAAUGUGGUUUUGUUUUAUCAGUCAGUUGUGGCUUUCUUCUCUAACAAAGUGUAGUCUCAAAGGAUCAGAUGCAGAUGAAAAUAUGGGGCUGAGCAGUAGAUAUUCAGGGUGAUUUUCAAAGAAAUACACAACCACAUUUGUCAAUGUAUCAUUCUCACUGUGUGCCAUAACACAGAAGGGGAAGGCAAACCUCAGUCUGAACUUUAGCAUAAAAUCCCACAUUGUUAUCUCUAUAUUAUAUGUUCAUUUCAACCCACAUACUGAUCAGAAUUUAACAGCUGAACCACACCAGGGCUGUAAAUGGUAUAAACCUAUCAAACUGCCACCUGUUACCAGACAGAAAGUUGGAUCCGGUUGUGGUUUAUUUUUCCUCUGGAAAUCACUCUGCCAUUUCCUGCUAUGUCUGCCAGAUUUUUGCUUUUGUAUUACAGUUCUGGUGUUUGGAUUCUAGACAAAAGCAGUGUAAAUUAAACACACAGCAUCUGGUCACCAGCUGGGGGAUGACAACAAAGUUCCCAAAACUGUUUUCAACUAGUUACUCAAGUAUGAUUUGCUGAUCACCUUUCAGUAGGUAUCGCUGACACUUCCUUUGUCUGUGUAAGUGAUGACAUCAGUAAUAAACUAAUGGUUGUGUAA